AUGGCUACUGCGGCUCCAUCUGCUACCUCAACCAUACCAGGUUAUUCUCAUGAAGAUCUAGCACGGCUACAACAGAGUGAUCCAUUGAUAUCACCGUUCUACACAUUGUGGAGACGAGGAGGUAAACCUGGGAGUCGGCAGCUGAAGCAUGAAUCUAGUCCCCUGAGAGCUCUUAUCAAGAGAUGGGAUCGAAUCGAAGUCCGUGGCGAAGUCUUGUACGUUCGGUUUCAUGACCCAGUCGAGGGCGACAGUUAUCAGUUGCUUCUCCCUGCUGAACUCCAGCCGAUGGUGAUGGAUACACUCCACAAUCAGGCAGGUCAUCAAGGACGAGAGCGCACUCUUGCGCUCAUCAGGAAGAGGUGUUUCUGGCCGGGAAUGGCCACAACCGUAGAGAAGUGGUGUCAGAAAUGCGAGAGGUGCACCGUGUCCAAAGCACCAACCCCUGCAGUUAGGCCAUCCAUGGGAAGGUUACUGGCUGAGCGCCCACUCGACAUCUUGGCAAUCGAUUUCACCAUUCUGGAAAAAGCGACUGACGGAAGAGAGAAUGUGUUGGUCAUGACCGACGUUUUCAGUAAAUUCUCGCAGGCUGUUCUGUGUCGAUAUCAGAAGGCGUCGACCGUGGCCAAGGUCCUUGUUGAAGUGUGGUUUCAAAAAUUUGGGGUUCCCCGCCGUAUCCACAGCGACCAAGGGCGAAAUUUUGAAUCGCAACUUGUCAAGGAUCUGUGUGGUGUCUACGGCAUCCAAAAGAGUAGGACCACGGCGUAUCAUCCGCAGGGGAAUGGUCAGUGUGAGCGGUUCAACCGACGCUCCAUGACCGUCUCCGCACACUGCCACCCGGGCAAAAACGCAGAUGGCCCCAACACAUUCGAGAGCUCGUGUUCGUGUACAAUUGCAUCCCGCACUCAUCUACCGGCUUUGUCCCCCUUCCUUGUCUUCAUGGGGCAAGAACCCACACUCCCGAUUGAUCUUCUUCUAAACCCAGCUGCAGAUGCCGACAAACUACUACAUGUAGGUUGUGAUUCAUGGGUGGAACAACACCAGCAGAGACUGCAAGCUGCUGCAGAGGUUGCCAGAAAGAGACAGCUGGAGAGGAGUGAGGCAAGGUGUAAGCGUAAUGAGGAGAGAGUCAACGAUAAGGGCAUCGCAGUGGGAACCCGGGUACUGCUGAGGAAUCGUAUUCCAGGGAGGAACAAGAUUGGUGACCACUGGCAGGCAACACCCUACAAGGUUACAGCACGACCACAUGACAACGUGUACGAAGUACAACUGGCUGAUGGCACAGGCCCAAGGAAGCGAGUAACAAGGACAGAGGUAUUAGAUACGGGAGAGUUUGUUCCAGAGGGCGACUCUACAUCAGAGGCCUCAGACAAUGAGCUCCCAGGUGAGGCUCCAGAUCCAGAAGAUGGAGCCACUCACGAUCAGAAUGCAGACGCCAGCGAAGACGAACCGAUGCCUGUCGAACAUCAAGACCAUGACGCUGAAGUAGCCACUGGCCAGAGAGGAGACCACAAAGAUGGAGGAGAAACAACCAACAGGAGUCAGGUUGCUGAUGAAGAGGAAUCUUCAUCACUGCUGGAUGUAAUGGUCUUGGUGAAGGAGGUGGAUACCCAGCCAACAACAGCCCCAUCCCAGAGUUCCAGUGAACCAGGUGAACCCAUGGCGGAUGGUAAAACGAUGGUGGAUGAUCCCCAGGCUUCUGACGAAGCAGUGGAGACCCCAGGUACUACUGCCCUGAGUACCCCACAGGAAACCACCAUGCCAGCAGAGAUGUCAGAACCACAUAGCUUCAACGAAGCAGUGGAGACUGAGAGCCCUUCAGUGUCCCAGUCUCCCUCAGAUAACCGUGAGCCAGUGGGACCGAGUACCAGUACCUUACCAGCGAUGAUAGCCGAGCCCCAUCAUCCGGACAAAGCAGUGGAGACUGAGAGCCCCUUCAGUGUCCCAGUCUCCUUCAGAUGCUUCUGA